GCGCGAGAGAUUGCGAAAGCAGCUUAGAUGCUGUUGAGCCAACAAUAAUGGAGACCUACUAGAAAUCCUUUAGUCUUUACACCUGACGCAACCUUCUUUCGAUUAUACGACCCGUAUUUAUGGCUCCUCGACUCUUAUCGGAAUUGCAAAGGCAAAAACGCGAAGCGAUGAAGCAGAGAACUUUAGUGAUAGCUGGAAAAGAGGCGAAACAUGACUGAUUCGGCGACAGUACCUGAGAUAAUUCCAUUUGAAGAUAUCGCACUGGGAGAGAUCCUCGGAAGGGGCUACUAUGGACAGGUCUAUAAAGCAGUGUGGGGCGACCUGUCGAUUGCCGUGAAGAGGAUAAAAGAGGGCUUCGAGGACAAGGAAUUCAAGAGGGAGGUAAACCAGCUGUCGAAGAUCAGCCAUGAAAAUAUCAUAAAGCUCUAUGGCGUCUCAAUACACGAGAGAACAGUCCAUCUACUCAUAGAGUAUGUCGAUGGUGGAUCUCUGCACAAUUUCCUGCAUGCCGAAUGGAAGCCAAGCUAUACGUUGGCUCAUGCCAUCAACUGGGGACUCCAGAUCGCAAAGGGUGUUGCUUAUCUUCAUGCCAUGAAACCCAAAGCGGUGAUACAUCGCGACAUAAAGGCCCUCAAUUCACUGCUGGGGCAGAGGGGCCUCCAUCUGAAAAUCUGUGACUUUGGCACUGUUGUGGACAUGACCAAUUCGAUGUCAACCGAUCGAGGCACUGCCCUCUAUAUGGCACCCGAGGUAUGCAGGGGCAAACACUACACCGAGAAGUGCGAUGUACAUAGCUGGGCCAUGACCCUCUGGGAGAUACUAUCGCGUAGGCAGCCGUACGGAAAUCUUAUUACCCAUUAUCAGGUCACAAUGGCCGUGAUCACAGGUGAACGGCCACCAUUGGAUCAGGUAAGGGUGGACUGUCCUGAGCACAUAAAACUCUUGAUGAGAGACUGUUGGGAUAUGGAUCCCAGCAGAAGACACUCGAUGCAGGAUGUCGUCACGGUCUUGAAGGAGUUCAUUACGAACAAUGAGAAUCAACUCAAGCCUUUGGAGUAUGUAUUCAGGAAUCAGGAAGUGCUGCCCUUAUAAACUGUAUAUUAAGGAAUAAGAAAUACAGAGAUUUGUGUAUAA